ACAGAGCUUAUAGCCGUAGCCGCCCGCCUUGCCCUCCUCCCCGACUCCGUGCGCGCGGCCUGCGACUCAAUAUCCGCCUCCCUCUCCCUCGGCUGCGCCCUCCAAUGGAGUUUCUAAAGAUCGCCCCGCUGCCUUCCUCUGCCUAUGCGGGCUCGCGCCGCACCUCCUCCUCAGCGGACGCCCCGGGGCGGGCGGCGCACCUACGGCCCGUUCUCCGCGUCGGACCGGCCGCGGACACCGGUCCUGCAGGAGCGCACCUGGCGUGUCCUCGCCGACUCGCGGUGUCCGCCGCGCGUACCCACUCCCUCUCGCCUCUGCCAGCUCUACCUCGCCCGAUAGCGUGGGAGUACGCGGCGGCCGCGCGCCUCCCUGCUUCGGCCGCGUAUGGCGGUGGCCUCCGCGCUUUCGCCGGCUUCCCCGAGCGUGGCCUCGCGUCUCUUUGCCGACCGGUGGUGGCCGCCACUCCUACCGGCUUGCUCGCGCGCGUGCCCGUGCUUCUUGGGCCGAUGGCCCCGGAGCACUCCUCGGCGGCGGAUGCGCGCGGCGGCUUGAGGCUUCCCCGGGGGCGAUUGCUGAUCAGGUGCACGCAGCCGGCGGAGGGCGAUGUUGGUGUCAGUGUCACCGAGCAGGAGGCUCCUGUAGCAAAGUUACAGAAACUUGUAGCCAGCUUAAACUGGAAGAUUCGCUUGGCUGCUGCUUUGGGGUGUAUGGUGCUCGCUGGAAGAGUUGUCAUCGUCGUCUUCGAGAAUUUGGAGCUGACGGUGCCAAAGAAGCUGGCUAGGGCAGCUGCAAUUGGCUUCCUCGUCCUGAAGACACUUCACAGUACGAUCAAGGACACCAAGGAAUUCUCAGAGCUGGUUCUCUAUUUCAUCAAGCUCUACAUGGAGGAUGUCAAGAAAAAAGGAACCUGAGUACCGGAGCUACAAGCUGUCAAGUGUGCAUAAGUGAGGAAAAUGUCUGCCUGUCAGAGAUCAUUAGUUCUGUAGAUAGAUA